AUGUCCGACCAUUCGUCCACCAUGCAGCAGCGCCGCGAUGAGAUCCUGGCCAAGAAGGCGAAGCUGGCCGAGCUCAAGCGCCAGCGCGAGAUGCGCCAGAAGGAGUUCACCGCCAGCCGCCAGAGCAUGUCCGACGCGUCUGAUCUAGUGUCGCCCACCCCAAGCCGAGCUGACAGCAGACGCGAGCUAGACAACCUGAUCCAGAGCUUGGUUGAGGGCCGUCCUGGCUCGGGCGGCCCCAGAGACCCCUCGUCGCCUGCCGGUGGUAGGGGCAGCAGGCCUACUUCAGUCAUCAGCGCCGGUCAGCUGUCUAGCAUCGCCGGCGAGACCUUCGACAGCACGAGUUCGCCCCCGGCCUCCACUCCGACCACAACCACCGUGCCGCAAACCUUGACCAUCGCCCCGCUCACUACCGUCUACGAGUCACCCUCGACCCCGAAGCCGGAGAUCAUUACCUACAGCAAGGGUGUGCAGACCACCGAACCAUGGACGCCUCCCCAGCGGCGGCAGUCCGUGGCCUCGACAUCCGAAGCAGAGCUGGAUGGUCCCGACUGGUCCCCGUCAAAGGCGAAGAGAGCGAGCAAGCGGAUGAGCAGAAUGGAGCGUCAGAGGGACGAGGAGCUGCGUCAAAAUCUGCGAAAGGAAAUCGAGGAGGAGCUGAAGGCUUUGCAGAACGAGGGCGCUGUCGCCGACGACGACGCAGAGCCGAAAUUCCCUGCACGGGCAUUGAACGACGAAGAACUCAAUGCCGUGACGUCUUCGGAAGAAUUCUUGGAUUUCGUUGAGCGUUCUAGCAAGGUUAUUGAGAGAGCUCUGGAUGAGGAAUAUGAUCUGCUUGUCGACUACGCAUUGGCAGGCGUUGAAGAGGUGGAUGAUGACGAUGAUGGCUUUGGUACGGCAAAGGGAAAGAAGGGACGGCGGGUACGCGAGGUCACACAAUUUUACGACGAGAGGUGGAGCAAGAAGCGUAUGAUCAGUGAUCUCAGCUUCUCCCAAAAGUUCCCGGAACUUGUCCUGGCAUCUUACACGAAGAACCCUUCGGCACCGCAUGACCCUGAUGGUCUCAUCCAAGUCUGGAAUAUGCAUAUGCACGACCGGCCCGAAUACAUUUUCCACGCCCAGUCCGAUAUCCUGACUGCUCAGUUCUCGCCCUUCCAUCCUAACCUCAUUAUUGGCGGUGCUUACAGUGGCCAAGUCCUCCUUUGGGACACGCGCGCCAAGUCACAGCCCGUGCAAAAGACACCUCUCACCGGUUCCGGCCAUACGCACCCGGUCUACGCUAUUGAUAUUGUUGGAACUCAAAACGCCAACAACAUCAUCUCGUGUUCUACGGACGGUGUAGUUUGCGGCUGGACGGUCGACAUGCUUUCCCAACCGCAGGAGUUCCUUGAGCUCAUUUCGCCACCUCCCGCGAAGACGGAGGAUAUGGCGCCUACCUGCAUCGCCUUCCCGCAAGCCGAUCCCACCUAUUUCCUUGCCGGUACCGAAGAAGGCUCCAUCUACCCCUGCCACCGCUACGACCGUGCAGGCGCAAAGGCAGGUGUCGACACCCGUGUGGCUUACCGUGGUCACGCCGCCCCCGUCAUGUCCUUGGACUUCCACCCGGCCCGCGGCCCGAUCGAUUUGGGUGAUCUUGUUCUGUCGUCCAGUGUGGACUGGACCGUCAAGCUCUGGAAGGUGCGUCCACCGGCAGCUACCGCAACCAUGGCGUCGAGCGGCCCAGGUAGCGCCCCGCAGGCGCAGGCACCAUUGUACGAGUUCGUACGCGAGGAUCUCGUCUACGACGCGCGCUGGUCGCCCGUCAAGCCGGGUGUCUUCGCUCUGGUCGAUGGUGCCGGCAGUCUCGAGAUCUGGGACGUCAACAUCGACGUCGAGGUGCCCGUUGCUAAGACCUCUCCGAGCGACAAGCGUGGCGUCAACUUCAUGGCUCGGAGCCUGAACAAGGUCGCGUGGGAGAAGAACGAGGGCAAACGCCUUGCUACCGGUGGUCUUGACGGCGUCGUAACCGUCUUCGAGGUGGGUGCUGAGCUGGGUGGCCAAGACAACUUGAGGCAGGAGGAGUGGACUGGCGUGAAGAAAUUCGUGCAGAGGCUGGACACGGGCGGGCCAGCCGACUCGUCCAUCACGCUGAACGCGAAGGACGUUAACGAACAGUAA